AUGAUUCACAAGACAAAUCACCGCCCCAGCAUCGAUCACCAAGCUCGCCAAGAUUCUGAUCCAGGUGUCGAGCAAUGGGGACAAUGGUGGGGCAGAAAGCAUUAUUCCCUCGAAGUAGUACAACAACCUUUGCGCGCCCGUAUGUGCGGUUUUGGCCUCUCGCACCUGCAGCGGUCGCCAAAAUGGUUCGUUCGAAGAGAAGAUAACUCUAUCGUGGACGUGGAGGACAUUGACUGUUCUUUUUUUCUGGUCACCGUCGACCUUUGGUCAGCUGACGGGAAGCGGGAGAUGAAUCUCGUGUUACAUCCCUCGUCAUCUUCGGACCGCUACGUCGCAGCGAACGCUCAAAAAUCGCGGAAGCCUCGGAGUACCAAUGCUCCCUCAUCUCCCCACGAUGAACAACAUAGCCCGACGUCGUCUCAUUCCACCCCAAAUUCUGCUCACCAACAUCCACGCCUACCAUCCACUAUGAACCCGAUGGUUCCGGGUCCGCCGUCGGGAUACGCUAACCCAAGUUACCCUUAUCCCCAGCAAGCACCGAUCCCUGAUAACAUAACCUAUGAUGACCAAGAUUCCUACGGCUCGCCAUCCGAGUCCAACAGCGCAUGGGGAUAUGCAUCAUCAGGAACCCCCCUAGAUCGCUCGCAUAAUUUCAGCCAGCCUCACCCAUCAAUGUCGUCGUACAACCGCAACGGCAUACGGAACGGCAUGCCUGCGGCUGCCCCGGGUGAACCGUGGCAAGCACAUCCCUCAUAUCGUACGGAUUCUGAUGCGGCCAACUAUCGCAAUUGGUCAGCCGCGGAACCAUCUUAUCCGGUAAUUGUCAAUUCACAGGCAAGCGUGUACGCUGCUCAAGAAGUGGACCCAUCGAUGAGACAUCCUGAACACACCACUCAGCAACCUGAGACCGGUAGUUGGCCCCAACAACAUGUUGCGGGUGAAUCCUCGCCAAGAUACGUCCAGGAGUCUUUUCAAGGUGCAGGCAAUAGCUACGAUCACCCCCAUGUUUAUGGCGCGCCAUCACAGCCACCAUAUUAUCAGAGUAAUUAUGCUCAAAGCUCCUCAUCUUCUCCAUCAACCACACAUGCUCCAUUACCCCGACAUUCAUACACACGCACUUUAGUAGGCCCGUUGUCGUCCAACGCAUGCCGACUGCUCGACGAGCAUCGGCAGCCAGGGAUAUUUUUCCUCUUCCAGGAUCUAUCCGUUCGGACGGAAGGAACCUUCCGGCUACGUUUACGUCUAAUGAACGUUGGCGAACUACCAGCACCAGAAGCAGGCGCAGUUAGAGUUCAUACUAAUGUUUCUCCGGUCCUUGCACAAACAUUCACCGAACCCUUUGUCGUUUUCUCAGCCAAGCGCUUCCCAGGAGUUCCCGAUACGACCGCGCUGUCAAUCGCUUUUGGCAAUCAAGGCCAGAAGUUACCACUGCGAAAUCGUCACGGAACUAGCAAGCCUGGGCGUCGUCGACGGGAUGCUGACUCCGACCCCUCUGACGAGUCGGAAGAUAGUUGA